AUGCAAAAUUUUCCAGGUCAAUUACCUCAUCAAGGCUAUCCACCUCAAUCACCUCAUAUUCCUUACAAUGCCGUCCCUCCUGCUCCGCCACCUAUACGAUCGGUCCCACCACCUACUAUCACACCAGGACCGUAUGCACCUACUCCAUCAAUCAUACCAGGCCCAUUCAUCCUCCUGAUUCUCCUUCCAGCUAUACCCUUACUCUUGUUCUCGUUGGGUGCGCGACCACCCGAUACUUCCCAUUUACCUUUCACGACUUCCGACAUAUUUACCACUGGAGCUUUCGUCACAGUCACGAUGACCAUCGUUAUCUGUCUAGGGGUAUAUCCAGAAGCUGGAGGAGCGGUUUGGGCCUGGAUAAGGGAAGGUGCGAAUGGAGAGUGGGAUAUGAGGUAUUGGAAUGAAGUCAAAUCGUGGACUGGCAUGGCCACCACCAAUGUCAUGCAGCAGUCUUCUACCUAUGGUGGUGGGAGUGAAUCAGAUCAGGUGCAGGUGCGAAGUCAAGUGCAGUGGAGGUGGAAAUACGUUUUUGAUGAGAGGUAUAGAAGAUGGACCAAAGUGAAAGUUAGGGUGCCAGUACCUAUUGAGCAGGUUGUGCGAUCGAGUAACUCGCAUAUCCGUCCCAAUCCAAAAGGUUUUCAGGCCCUUUCGACCAAACAUCUUUCUGCCUUACGAAGAACCUUUCCCGACUGGUACUCAGAAUACAAACCGAAACUUAUCCCUUCUCUACUCGUCAUAAGCUUCAUUGUGUUUCUUAUGAUAUUGCUCGUGGGUCAGAUUUUGGGCUCAGCGUACGAUACUGAAUCCUCGGGUGAGAAACGAGAAUCCUCGAGUAGCGGUAGUGGUGGUAGUGGUGGUGAGAAAAUGUCAAGUUGGGUAGAAAGGGAAAUACGUAAGCGUAAAGAAGAGAAAUCGAAUCCUGAGAAAACCUUAAAGCGUGUCAAGGAAGAAGGUAAAAAGGAGUUAGAAGGUUGUAAGAAGAAGGGGAAAGAGGAAUUGAAGAAGUUCCAAAAGAAGAGGGAAGCGGAGGAAGAAUUGUUGAAGAAGGAAUUGAAAAAGAGGGGAUUACCUCUAGUCGGUUUAGAAGAUAAGAAGAAAGAUCAAGACGAGAAGAAGCCAAAGAGAAAGAAAUCCAAGGAUGAUGAUCAAGAAGAUGAUGGAGAAGGAAAGAAAGAAGAAAAUAAGAGUAAAAGCGAUAGGAUGAAGAAGUUGUCAUUAGUGUUAUUAGGUGAAAAGGGUAGUACGAAGAAGAAUGCUAUGAAGGAAGAUGAGAAAGCAGGUCCGGGAUGGGAGAUAGCUGAUAAUGCUUUGGCUCAGAAUACUUUGGCGCAAUCGCAGAUGAACGCUCAGCAGAUGGCGGAGAAGCUGAAAGCUGGUGGAUGA